CACGUUUACUAACCGCGUUUGUUAGUUAAAUAAAUUAUAUGACACUAGAUUAACAAUUAUCUCUUUAAAACAAGAAAUUAUAAUGGCAAAUACUUUUCAAGUAUUUCUUAAAUACUCCUAAAUUAUUUCCGACCGAACACAUUAAGCUGUCGGAUCACAACAAAGCAACUUCCGGUGAAUUUAGUUAAAACUGCUUUUAAACUGGGCGUUUUUUAAACAAACAAAAACAAAUAUUUUACAUUCUCCGGUUACGAUUUGCUCAUUUGUAGGUUUUCGCGUAUAAAAUAUACACGCGUUAUAACAUUUAACAGCAUUUAAGGCAGUAUUGUUAAAAUUAACGAGUAUGAAACUAUAAUGCAGAAAUUCUGCACGUGCAGCUGUUAUUACACUGAGAACCUUUUUCUAGAGCAGUACAAGCUCCAUGUGCGAUUCAUCUCAGAGGAGCAGUUUAAAACCGACUACCGACACAUCCUGCGCUCCCUGGGCUGUGCUACUGACGCCCAGUACAAUGCUGUUCUUGAAAAAAUCCACUCUGAAACCGCGAGGCGCCGGAAUCUCGCAGCACAAUCGGCAGAGAGAAAAUUGACCAUCAAGCAGACCUACAAACCCCUCCAUCAGCACGUCUACCGCUUCCAGGAAUCGUUCUUGGCCCCUGAGUUUGUAGAAAUAGUGAAAUACAGUCGUGAAGAUGGCGCCAGUGAAGAGGGAGUACUGGAGCGCAUCACCGCAGAGGCUGCUCCCAGGGUGUAUCGUUUCCCCAUGUUCACGCAGGAGUUCUGCAAGGAUCUGGUAGAAGAGCUGGAGCAUUUCGAGCGGUCCGAGGCUCCGAAGGGUCGACCGAACACCAUGAACAACUACGGGAUCCUCCUGGACGAGCUGGGGCUCGACGAGGGUUUGAUUACGCCGCUCAGAGAGCUGUACCUGAAGCCCCUGAGCUCGCUGCUGUACCCGGACUGCGGGGGGAAAUGGCUGGACAGUCACAAGGCCUUCGCUGUGAAAUACACACUGAAUGAAGACCUGGACCUCAGCUACCACUACGACAACGCCGAGGUCACGCUGAACGUCUCGCUCGGGAAAGUCUUCACCGAGGGAAACCUGUACUUCGGGGACAUGAGACAGGUGCCCCUGAGCGAGACGGAGUGUGUGGAAGUGGAGCACCGUGUCACCGAGGCCGUGCUCCACCGAGGCCAGCACAUGCACGGUGCUCUGCCCAUCUCGUCAGGGUGCCGCUGGAACCUGGUGCUCUGGAUGCGAGCGUCGCGUCAAAGGAACCUCCUCUGCCCCAUGUGCAACCGAUCGCCACGACUACAGCCUAGCGACGGCUACGGAGACGGAUUCACCGAGGAAGAUACCGGGCUGUGCGUUUUAACGUGAAGCUCUUAAUAUUCGGUAGCAUUAAAGGAGCGGUUUGUCAUUUU